GUUUCUCGAGACAGGAGGGACACAAGUGAGGAGGGGGAGGGCGUCCAGGGGACGAACACUUGUUCUCUUGAUCAUACCAACUGUGUUAUGUGCAGUGUGGCAGUUAUCCCUCAACCGUGAGUUAUAACAGACGUUGUCAUAGUGUAAAGCGAGGAUUUUGCAGAUACAAUUCACGUUUGAUUCAGCUUCAUCCCGCGACUUCGAGGCGUUCGUAGGAUUAUAGAAUUUUAAGAGCCGCCUUCGUCCACCGCUACCACCUCCCGACAACCUUCCUUUUUGUUUUUAAUGUGGAAACAAGAGGGGGAGCAAGGAAAGGCAUGAGUCAUCGUCGAAGUGAAAUAGUCACACCUGAUGGUGAUGGAAUUGGCUGUGAUGAAGUCUCAGAAGAUUCAGAUUUUUCUGACUUUGAAUCUGAUGAAUUUGAUGAUGAAGGUGGUGUCUCUGAUGCUUUUCAAUGCGGGUUACAACUUCCCACAAAUCUUCCAGGUCAUCGGGGAGAAAGAGUUCGAGAACUGGUGGCGACAGAGCUCGAGUAUGUUCAUGACUUAGAGCUCCUUACUGAAUUGACCACUGGUGAUACAGCAAGGGACAAGUACAAUGUUCUUGACAUGAAGGUCUUAUUGGGCAACAUGGCUGAGGUAAUCGAUGUUGCUAGGAGAUUUUUACAGGAGCUAAAAGAUGUAGCCCAUCAGAAAGAGGAGGAGAUGGUAAUAGGGAAAAUUUUUCUACAGUUUGUUGAUGAGCUUUCUGAAGUUUAUAAAGUGUACUGCUCCUCAUACAAUGUGGAUGUAUUGCCCUUGCUGAAAAAGUAUGAAAGUGAGGAAACCACAUCUGUUGCCCUAAAACUGCUUGCUGAGGAGUUGAAGCUUCAUAAACAACAUUUACUUGACUUGAAUUAUGUUCUUAUCAAACCAGUCCAAAGGAUUUUGAAGUAUCCUUUAUAUCUGUAUGAAUUAGUCCAAGCAACUCCAGAGAACCAUAAAGACUUCAGUGAAUUAGAGGAUGCCAAGAAAUCAUUUCUGGUUGCUGCAAAAGAUAUAAAUGAGUACACACGAGCUAUGGAUUUAGUGCAUAAAUAUCGUGAAGUUGAUCAUUCUGUUCAUGGGAAGAUGCGCCGUAUUAAUCUACAGUCCAUAGCUAGAAAGUCUGCCCGGGUGACAAGAAAACUAUCUCAGAGGUUUGGCAUGCCUCAUCAAGUGAAGACAAUGCAUUCAGAAGUGAAAGAACUAGGAAUCAAGUUUCGCAAUGUCCAAAAAGCAACAGAAAUUUUGGUGAGGAACGUAACAUCUUUGGUGGAAGCAGUGAGAAAUAGACAUUCUUCAGAGCUUGUCAUUGCUGAAUUGUUAGGGGACAUAUUUCCAGAAGCUGCAGAAGUUCUUAAAGUCAAAGCAGCUGUUAUGGAAUCAUGCAAUAGAGUUUUACAGCUGUUUGACAAUGAAGUACAACUAAGGGUAUUGCAUCCUGCUCGUCAAAUCUUAAUUCUUUGUGAAGGGCCAUCAAAUAUUAUACAGAAAACAAGAAACAUAAUGGUUGAUUAUGAUAUGGCGCAGCUUAAGCUUCAGGCAGCUCUGGAACCUUCCAGAAUUGCUAUGGUAAUUGAAGAGUCUGCUGGAAUUCGAAGUAAUUAUGAAGCUCUUACUAAGCAGUUGGUGGCUGAGCUGCCAGUGUUUAUUGAUCAUUGUGUUGCAGUUUUGACAUUGUGUACCCAAUCCCUAAUCAGUGCUCACAUGUACUUACAGGGGCAUCUUGCAAAGCUUUAUUUGCAGUUAACUCAGGAACCUGGACUAGGUUUCAUGACACCUGAAGAAGCUGAAAGUAAGGCAAAACGGAGGGUUGAAGAUCUCUUGCAAGCGCUUCCAAAUGCUUAUCAGAGGAAACAUAUACCAAAGAAGAAAGAGCCUGUAAAAAAACCUGAAAAAUCAGAGGAAGUUGAAAAGCAUGAUAAAUGUGAGGGUAGCCAUGGGGAACCAGCAAAAGUUAGUUCUUCAUCUGAAUUCUUCAAGAGUCUGCCCUCUAUACCCAGAGGUCGUUCACGAAGAAAUUUUCCUGUAAAUUCUGAACAGACAGUUGAUCAGAGCCAAAAGGAAUCUUGCCGCUCAAGUUCUCGAUAUGAAUAUUUUAAAAGCUGGUCACAUUCGCACAGGCUUCGCCACACAAAAUCCCUUUCUUCAGUGGUUGAGGGGAGUGAUCGUAAAACUGAAGUUAAGCCUUUAGAAGAACAGUACCCAAGGGAUGUUAUAUUCACAGCCAUUCAAGAACAUAAAUCUGAAGGAGAAAAUGAACUGACCCUUCACACUGGAGAUAAAGUUGCUGUUUUAAAAAAGAAAGACCCAAUGGGAGGGGAAGAGCGAUGGGUUGUUGAUAAUGGAGAGAAGAUUGGCAUGGUUAGAAAAGUAUGCUUACAGCAGGCAGAAGCUCACACAGAUGAAGGUGAAAGAUUAAAUGUUGAUUGUGAAAUAGGCCCCUCAUCAGUAAUUCAGUUUCUUACUAAUAGUCCAAAAGGCAUUUCCCACAAUUACACACACAAUGAGAACAAUUAUCAUGAGCCCUCUCAUACUCAAGUGCCUCCAACUUUACAGCAGCAACCUACCAAUCAAGUAGAAAAUGGUCCAUAUAUAUCUCACAACUACUCUAACCUUGAAGAGAAUUUUACUGAUUCUUCAGAGGAAUGGCGUGAAGAUGGUAGUGCAGAAGAAAGUAAUCAGCAUGUUGCUCAAGCUGUGCAAGGUCAAAAUACAGGGAUAGUACAGAUAGACAAUCAAACUUGUUCUGUCCCUUCUCAACAGUAUGUGGUUUUGUACAAUUUUACUGCUGCAGAUUCUUCCCAGUUGACUAUACAGAAAGGCCAAGUUGUUGUUGGUAUACAUACUGAAUAUGAAGAUUGGUGGUAUGUAAAAGAUGACUAUGGCUAUCAGGGAUAUGUCCCAGCCUCAUACCUCAUCCAGCAGAGGUGAUCACCAUGGCAUACAAAUUUCCUUUGCUUCAUCAUUCUAUAUUUACCCUUUCUUGAUAUUCUAACAAUUCAAAAAUUCCAAAUAUACAGCUUUCUCUUGAGGCAUUAGACGCUGCAAUAUUCUCACGGCUACUUUACGUACGACAUUUUCUGAUCUCAAAAUCUUUAAAGUACAUGUACUGACCUAUACUGUACCAAUACAGCAAACAAUUUCCUCAUUUCACAUAUAAAGCUGGAGUUAUGAAUACAUAGUUAUAAACUACUAAAUUUACCUUGAGGCUGUAGCAAAGGCUGUGAUGUAUGCCUGCGUCAUGUUGGCUAAGAAUCUGAAUGGUAACUUCCGAGUCAACAGCGUGUAAAGAAGAGGUAAUACAACAAAACCAUGGAUGAAAAUACCAAGAACGACCGUGCCAAAAUACAUUCCCAGUUGACCAAGCAUAACGCUGAAAUCCUCCAUCUCAAUCAUCAUGGAGGCUACCAAGAAGAGAAUACCAACGGGAGAGAUCC